AUGAAAGUGAACCCAUUUUACCUAUUCGCACUAUUCACAUUUGCAGCCAGUCUGGAACCAAACCUUGGACUGGAGCUUCGGUUUAACCAAGCUUCGCAGCCUAUUAGACUCUUCAACUAUCAUCUGUGGGACGAUGUCCCACUUUCAGUUUUCAAAGAUAAAGAUGUUGCAAUCUCUCUAGAAUAUGAAGAAUCUACAAUUUUGCACCAUUCAAGCUUGAACACAGCUUCUAGGAGCAUACCUAAUGGGCUGUUCAACUUUGAAUUCCAUAACAAUAAUGACAAAGAAGUAAGAGACUCAGCUGAGGACCACUACUGGUAUGAAUUCAAAACUAAGAAUAUUAGACGGUUUACUGAUAAAAUGAGACCAAUAACUGGCUGUUUAAAUCAACAACAUGGCGAUGGGGGCUCGUUAGUUGGUACGUUCACCAAAGAAUUCGGGAAAACUUCAUCAUUUGACUUAGCCUUCGGUUAUACGUUCAAUGACACUAUCAAAGUCGGGCUUGACUACAUAUAUUCUGUAUCUUCUUCUAUUGUAUUGGAAACAUCUUAUUCCUGUGCAGUACCCGCAAAUUCUACAGGGCAGGUAUUUAUUCAACCUAAGCUUCUUAGAUACGAAGAGCCAAAGUACAGACAAAUCACUGUGCACUGGAAUUCUCCGUGGUAUAACCCUAUCGUGAAGGAACCGGUCGGGCUAGUCAUUGACGAUUGGACGACUACGGAUACUUUCGAGAUUGUCAACUUCAACUCCAAACCGGUAUAUAAAUGUGUUAUUGAUCCGCAGUUGUUGGAAUGCAGCCUGGAUAUCUAUGGGGACAACUGGGUGACCGAAUUCACCUAA